AUGGGGUGCUUUGUGCUCCACCUCAUCUGCUUUGAUGCGCUGCAAACACUGAAUAUGAAUCAGUUGAUACACUUAAAAUUGGGUGGUUUUGAAUCUUUGCUAAUAAUAUAUUCUUGGGCUUCGAGUGCCUUAAGUCAUGUCAGACAACAAUUUCAUCAGCAGAGCAGCUCCGUAGUUGAGGAGCAAUUGGACCCAUUUUCUCUUGUUGCCGAUGAACUAUCCAUUGUUGCCAAUGGGUUACGGUCAAUGGUAGUUGCUGAGGUCCCAAAGCUUGCCGUGGCUGCUGAGUAUUUCUUCAAGAUAGGGGUGGAAGGCAAGAGGUUCCGUCCCACGUACCAUGCCCUUCCUGUUUUGGUGGUAACAGACAUCUCUUUGCAGAUUUUAUUGUUGAUGGCAACAGCUUUAAAAGUACAUAUAUCUGGACCAGCACCUAAUAGUGCUGUUGAUACUUUAUCCACAAAUUUACGUACAAGACAACAGUGUGUAGCUGAGAUCACAGAGAUGAUACAUGUCACACCUGAUAGUGCUGUUGAUACUUUAUCCACAAAUUUACGUACAAGACAGCAGUGUGUAGCUGAGAUCACAGAGAUGAUACAUGUCGCAAGUCUUCUCCAUGAUGAUGUAUUAGAUGAUGCUGAUAAGAGACGGGGGAUUGGUUCAUUAAACUGUGUAAUGGGAAAUAAGAUAUCAGUAUUAGCAGGGAAUUUCCUGCUUUCCAGAGCUUGUGUGGCACUUGCCUCGUUGAAGAACACAGAAGUUUUAUCACUCAUAGCAACAGUUGUACAGCAUCUUGUUACAGGAGAGACCAUGCAAUUGACUACUACCUCUGAAAAGCGUUGUAGCAUGGAAUACUAUAUGCAAAAGACAUACUACAAGACUGCGUCAUUGAUUUCAAACAGCUGCAAGUCAAUUGCUCUUCUUGCAGGACAAACAGCAGAGGUUUCAAUACUGGCUUAUGAGUAUGGCAAGAAUCUGGACAAACAGCAGAGGUUUCAAUACUGGCUUAUGAGUAUGGCAAGAAUCUGCAUGGAAUACUAUAUGCAAAAGACAUACUACAAGACUGCAUCAUUGAUUUCAAACAGCUGCAAGUCAAUUGCUCUUCUUGCAGGACAAACAGCAGAGGUUUCAAUACUGGCUUAUGAGUAUGGCAAGAAUCUGGGAUUAGCAUAUCAAUUAAUAGAUGACGUUCUCGAUUUCACAGGCACAUCAGCUUCCCUCGGGAAGGGCUCAUUAUCUGACAUUCGCCAUGGAAUUGUAACAGCUCCAAUAUUGUUUGCCAUAGAGGAGUUUCCUGAAUUGCGUUCAGUUGUUGAUCGUGGGUUUGACAACCCUGCAAAUGUGGAUCUUGACCACAUAUGGAUCUGCAGCGAAGAACUUAAUGCAAAUAUAGGAUUUUCCUUUUCUGUAUUGAAGGACCACAUAUGGAUCUGCAGCGAAGAACUUAAUGCAAAUAUAGGAUUUUCCUUUUCUGUAUUGAAGGCUCUUGACUACCUUGGAAAGAGUCGUGGAAUACAGAGAACAAGGGAGCUAGCAGCAAAGCAUGCCAACCUUGCCUCGGCUUCAAUUAAUUCUCUGCCUGAGAGUGAUGAUGAGGAUGUUCAGAAAUCAAGGCGGGCUCUUAUAGAGCUCACUCAAAUAGUGAUUAAAAGAACGAAUGUAGCAGGGGAGUUGGUGACUGAACAGGCUCUUGACUACCUUGGAAAGAGUCGUGGAAUACAGAGAACAAGGGAGCUAGCAGCAAAGCAUGCCAACCUUGCCUCGGCUUCAAUUAAUUCUCUGCCUGAGAGUGAUGAUGAGGAUGUUCAGAAAUCAAGGCGGGCUCUUAUAGAGCUCACUCAAAUAGUGAUUAAAAGAACGAAGUAA